GCUGCUAUGCAAAGGGCAGGUGGCCCCACCAGCGCACGGCAGAGUGCCGGGAUGGCCAGGAGCGUGGCACUGCUCCUCUGGGCCCAAGCCCUCGGCCUCACUGGUGCCCAGCCCAGCCAGCUCACGCUGGACCCCCCCUGGACACCAGUGUUCCUGCCAGACAAGGUGACACUGACCUGCCAGGGCUCCAGCGCACCCGGCCCCACCGACUGGUAUGUCAAUGAGCAGUUCUGGCAGCAGGCAAGAUCCAACCACAUCCACAUCACCAGAGACCUACCCGGGAGCUACAGACUGCAGUGCCGCAGCCCUGGUGCUGGGCUCAGCCCCUCCAUCACCUUGGGCUUCUCAAAUGACUGGCUGGCGCUGCAGGUGCCGGCGCGGGUGCUGCUGGAGGGGGACACGCUGCCGCUGCGCUGCCGGGGCUGGAAGGACAUGCAUAUCGCCCAGGUGCGGUUCUUCCAUGAGAGGGAGGCGCUGGGGGGGCCCCCCCGGGGGACCGAGCUGCUCCUGCCCUCCCUGCAGCUGCACCACAGCGGGCGCUACCACUGCCAGGCCACCGUGGGCCACGUCUUCCCACAGUGGCAGGAAUCGGCACUGGUGAUGGUGGCAGUGCAAGGUGAGCACCCCCUCCCCGACACCCACCUGGCGGGGUGCAGCCCCCCUUCCCCAGUGGGCUCGGGGUCACCGCUCCCCCCCGGCUCCCUCCCAGAGCUCUUCACGGUGCCGGUGCUGCGCCUGGAGGGCCCGGCCGAGCCCCGCGAGGGAACCCCCGUGUCCCUGGGCUGCCUCAGCCACCUCAGCCCCCUGCGGCCCCUCACCCGCCUCCAGCACCUAUUCUACCAGGAUGACAUGGUGGUGGGGGGGCCCCAGGGCUCCCCCCAGCUCCAGCUGCCGGCCGUGGGGCUGUCCCACUCGGGGAACUACUCCUGCGAAGUGCGGACAGAGACGGCCAGCGUGCGGAAACGCAGCACCCCGGUCACCGUCACGGUGCGCAGGGUCCCUGUCUCGGGGGUGUCCCUGGUGGCACAGCCCCCCGGGGGGCAGGUGGUGGAGGGAGACCGCCUGGUGCUGAGCUGCUCGGUGGCCGAGGGGACGGGGCCCCUCUCCUUCUCCUGGCACCGGCAGGGCUCAGCUGUGCCACUGGCCACGGGCCCCUACUACACACUCCGCACUGUGCGGCACCAGGACAGCGGCCGCUACCACUGCACGGCCACCAACGGUGGCACGGUGGCCGACAGCCCACCGCUGUGGGUCACUGUCCUGGUGCCGGUGGCUGGUGCCACCAUCACGAUGGCGAGGAUGGAGCCGGUGGUGCCGGCGGGCGAGAAUCUCAACCUGAGCUGUUCCGUGCGGGUGGGCACCGCGCCGGUGACCUUCACCUGGCUGCGGGACGGGCAGGAGCUGGACUCGGGGCCCGUCCUGUCCCUGGGGACUGUGGGGCCAGCACACGCUGGGACCUACCAGUGCCUGGCCACCAACCGCCUCGGCACCCACCGCAUCUUCCGGGCACGCAGCCUGGCGCUGGCCCUCUCGGUGACGCAGCCGAGACAGGGAGGGCGGCAGCAGGGCACAGCCAUGGCCGUGGGGCUCAGCGUGUCCCUCCUGCUCCUGCUCACUGCUGCCAUGGGCUGGUACCUCCGGCGCCGGUGCCGUGCAGCUGCUGGGAAGAGCUGGAGCAGGGACACCAUGGUCCCUCAGGAGCCCGAGGGUCGCCAGCCAGAGCCCACAGCCCACCCCGGGGAGCCGGAGGAUGGGGAGGUGCUGUACACCCGUGUCGUGGUCACCGAGCGGGACGGGGGUGAGUACGGCGGGUGGGGGACGCGCCGCCCACGCGUGUCACCGCCCCCAGCCCGGGUCCCCGAACCGGUUUCUCUUCCAGGCACCUCCCCGUCUCGCUCCCCCCGGGGCUCCCCCCGCUUCGCACCCCCGCGGGAGCCGCCCGUUACCUACGCUGUGCUGCCGGGUGCCCACGCGCGGCUGCGGCUCCCGAGCGACACCUACGAGAACAUACCGUGACACCACGAGGCACUGGGGGGGGGGGACGGACGACGACGACGAUGACCGGGGGGACCGGGGACUGCGCUUGUGCACACUGGUGUCCGUGUGUCCCCCGGGCAAACCCCCGGACGCACAACCCACGGCUCCCGGGGGGCGGCGGCUCCUCUGCCCAGGGCCCGAUCAGAUCCGCAGAGCCCAGCCCCGGCAGGGGGGGUCCCGAGUGGCGGGGUCCUGCAUGGGGCUACAUAGGGCACCCCAUGCUCCCCAUUCCCCCUCCCAGUACCCUCAGGUGCUCCCCAUUCCCCCUCCCAGUGCUCCCCACUCAUCCUUCCAGUGCCCUGUGGGGGUCCCCAGUCCUCCCCAAUGCUCCCAGCACCCCCUGCCUCCCUCUUCCUCCCACGCCCCCCCCCCCCCCCCCCGGGAAGCCCCAGCCCCCCCCCCCCCCGGCACAGGGGUGCCAGGCUCUGGCUGCAUCUCGGGGAAGGUGCUAGGGCACCCCUUGAGAGGUCUGGGGGGGUCGCCCCAACCAGGGGUCUGGGGGUGGCCGGGGGGGGGGCACAGGAGCCACUUCCAUAGUAUCAGCCCCAAAAUGCAGCUUCUUCAUUAAAUGUGUAAAUGGUGUUUUUCUCCCCUGCGAAUAUUUCCUCCACCCAGAAACAUGCGGCAGCUGCCACCAGGAGCCAAUGCCACCAUCCCCAGCCCCAUGGGUGUCUGUCCCCAGCCCCAUGGUGUCCCUGUCCCCACA